AAACAAUUCCACAUAAUUGUAUUUUCGGUGCUUUGGAAAGCGAAAACGAAACUCCAUAGGAGGAAGCUGCCGCUUUCGCCCACGACAUUUAAGCCACGGCCGGCCCUCCUCCUCCUCCUCCUGUUUACUUCCUCCAGCGCACGCUGACAGUCACCCAGUCGAGCGCCGGACGCCAGAAUGAAAGGACCGCAAACUCACUGACACGCCCUCCAGAGAAGCAAGUCAACAAGAUGGAGUACAAAUAUGACGAUGGGAUCGAACUGCUGCUCGCUCACAUGAACAUCGAGGACAUCCUCAAUGUUGCUGAGACUUUCUAUCGGCUGGAGGAGGAAGACCGGGUCUCUCCACGGGUCAUGGAUGGGAACGAGGAGGCUGGAGGGCACGUGGAGUCAAAGGGCCUCCAGAACGAGCACAUAGGUGGUGGGGAUGGGAGCGUUCGCUACGGGACGGUGACGGACCUCCUGGCGUUUGUAAACACCCUGUCCGACAUGCAAGUCACGGCCAACCAGAGCUUGAAUGAAGAGAUGGGAGUGUUGCUGAAUAAGAAGGACAUGGCAGUGAAAAAGGGCCGCUACAAGAUCGAUCUGGACGUGCUCCUGUUUCCAUGGAAACUGACCUACAAGAAUCCCGGCAGCGGCCUCGUGCCUAAGGGCUCGUUCGGGAAAGUUCACUUGGCCCAGGACAGCGUCACCAGGAAGAGAAUGGCUUGCAAACUGAUUCCUGUGGAGAACUUUAAGGCCGCAGACGUGGAAUUCCAGGCUCGCUUCCGACACGAGAACAUCGCCGAGCUCUACGGCGCCUUGCUCUGGAACCAGAACAUCCACCUGUUCAUGGAGGCCGGCGAGAGCGGCUCGGUCCUGGAGAAGCUGGACAGCUGCGGACCCAUGAGGGAGUUCGAGGUCAUUUGGGUGACCAAGCAAAUCCUGCGGGCGCUGUCGUACCUUCACUCUCACAACGUCAUCCACCACGACAUCAAACCCAGCAACAUUGUGUUGAUGUCAGACAAGGCGGUCCUGGUGGACUUUGGUCUGACGGUGCAGAUGACGGAGGCCGUCUACAUUCCACGGGACCUGAGAGGAACAGAGAUGUACAUGAGUCCCGAGCUGGUUCUGUGCCGUGGCCACGACACCAAGACGGACGUCUACAGCCUGGGCACCACCAUCAUUCACAUGCAGACAGGCAGCCCCCCCUGGGUGCAGAGAUACCCUCGCACGGCCUACCCGUCCUACCUCUACAUCAUUCACAAGCAGGCACCCCCUCUAGAGGACAUAGCUGAAGACUGCAGUCUGGCCAUGCGCGCCUUCCUGAAGCGAGCUCUCGAUAGGAACCCUGCCAAAAGAAGUUCUGCGACUGAGCUUCUGAGGGACGACGCCAUGCACCCAGCCAAGGAUGACCAGCCACGAUGUUGGAGUCUGGACUCUGCCAUGGAGGAGGCCAACCAAGUGAUGCUUCGCCAGCAGAGCCAGGACGCCACUCAAGAAUCAACACUUUACUCUGAAGGAUCUGGACCCAUGUGGAGGCAAAGCUCCCUGUACCUCAACCUCGGAGGUCACUCUCCUCAUUCCAACAUCGUAGCAGGCCCACCCUCCUCGGAGUACAGCUAAUGCCAGAUGAUCACUGCAUGACCCCGAGUGGCAUUGUUCUCUGAUGGGAGAAGAAAAGAGCAUCACUGCAGGACAGUGGUAAACAACAGAAAAAAAAAACAUGUCAAAAAACAUGUCGAGUGUUUUUAGCUUCCUGAGGGAUUUUUGUUUUCCCCUUCAACAUUUUAAAAGACAUUUUCAACUGUACGCUAUUUUGAAGAAGUGUGCUCAUGUACACGACUCAAACGUAGUUCUUUGCGGACUGUCUUUUGUUGAUUCCUGUGGAAUGUCACUGGUGGCUCUUCUUUGUAAUGUUGAUGUACAUCCUGAGAGAUGAACCCACGCUGCCUUUUAGUAUUAAACUGUGCUGUUG